AUGUGCCAGACGGUCUACUACAGCUACAGCUGCGGCCACCUCGAGUGCGUCGUCUACCGCUGCCGCCGCAUCCCCGCCCACCCGUCCAGGUGGGAGCUCUACGACUGCGUCACGCGCGCGGCCGUCGACGGGUCCUGGAGGACGAGCCUGCGCGAGCCGUGCCACGACUGCGUCGAGGCGGAGCGCCCUGCGUCGCGACAGCAGCAGCAGCAGCAGCAGCAGCAGCACCAAGUUGCCUCGCAGCAACGGCUCUUGCGGCACGUGCAGGGGAGCCGUGACGGUUCGGCAAGCAGCUCCUCUAGCAUGGGCUGGGACGGCCGGGUGAUCAGGCCGCUCGACUCGAAUUACCUGGGCAACAUUGGGCGGAUCACGUUGGACGGUGUCCACUGGGAGGACGUGACGCCGGCGGAGAUCUUUGAGGCGAGAUUUUGA